CGAAGUCUCGGAAGCCGCGCCGCAGGGGACGGAGGGAUUGACUGAGCGUUGUGCGCCGCAGCUUUCGGCCGGACACCAGCGCUGGGGACACGAUGUCGGCGCUCUCUUGCCGGCUGCUGUGGGCCACCACCUGCCUGGCCGCGCUCUGCGCGCUAUCUGCGGAACCGAACACGACCCUGGCCCCGCUCGGGACGACUGUGGAGACCACCACCAAGAUAAACACGAGCCUGGUGACAACCCCCGCACCGGUCACCACUCCGGUACCAGAAACCUGUGAAGGCCGAAACAGCUGUGCUUCCUGUACCAAUACUAGCAAUGUUAAUACUACCUGCUUUUGGAUGGAAUGUAAAGAUAAGAGCUAUUGUUCACAUAAUUCAACAGUUAGUGAUUGUCAAGUGGUGAAUGCAACACACUUUUGUUCUGCUCCUACUACCAUUCCAGCACCAACUAAUUCUACAGCUGAAAACACAACUCUGCCUUCUUCCUCUACAACUUCCACAGUUCCUACAUCAGGUCCAACAAAUACCACUUUGACUCCAACCUCACAACCUAUUCGGAAAUCUACCUUUGAUGCAGCCAGUUUCAUUGGUGGAAUUGUCCUUGUCUUGGGUGUGCAGGCUGUAAUUUUCUUUCUGUAUAAAUUCUGUAAAUCUAAAGAACGAAAUUACCACACUCUGUAAACAGACCCUAUAAAUUAACAAGGACUGGUGAUUCAUUCAUGUAACUCAAUGAAACCAAAAUACUAUCUUUCAAGAUGUCCCACGUGGAAGACACUAUUCCAGGAUCUUUAAAUUUGCAGCGGAUGCUUCUAAGAUACUUGGGAGCAUUGUUGCUGAAGAAAAAUCAGUUAAAUCAUUUUGUUCAACAGAAAUACUUAAAAUAUUCUGCAUGAAUCCUCAUGGCUGUCUUCUUUUAUUUUAAAUGGCUGCUGCUGUGGGAUUAUAUGUUUUUUCUUCACAUGCCAAACGUAACGUUCUAUAAGUGAUAGAAAAUGUUGUCUUGUGUAGACAGCAUCAUGACUCUUGGCAGUCUAAAAAAUGUAGUCAUUUUAAAGCCUGAAAGCUGCAUUAUUUUCAUCCUAACUCAAGAUAUAAUUUAAUGAACAGAAUUGAGAGUGUGCCAAAUGAGUAUCAAUCAGGGUGGAUUUGGCUAUCAUUUCAAAAUUGGAAUAAAUUUACAAAUUUAGCAGUACUAAACUAUAUAGACUAAAAUUUUGUGUUUGAUAAGUUAUUUUUUCUACAUUAGAAUUGUCACACAGGGAAUUACAUUCCAGAUUUAAAGAAAUGAGUGGAAAGGAUACAAACCAUUAAUGUGUAACAGGUUAUUGUUCAUACUUGUAAAGCACCUUAUAUCAUUAAGAAAAUAAAGAUCAGUGCCUUAAAAGACAGACUGAAAGAUAUGCCGUAGCUUAAUGUUUAUAAUUUGUUCUUUCACAUUGAGGAAGGUAAAGAUUGGUCUGAAAAUGUAACUGUUGAUAAUGAGCACUAGUCAACCUGCUUUGAGAUUCCGUACUGUUAAUAUUUAAUUGAAAAUUUAUCUACUUUAUUUCAGAGCUGAGAAACUUAAGCUAAAGGAUACAAAAUAAAAAACUUCACAUACUGAACCUCCCAACAUUUUUCUUAGGGUUGUUGCAAAGUAUAGAAACAAAAUUGAUUACAUUUCCUUUAUACUUCAAAAUAGUAUCCUUAACUAUAUUGUAACUUGAAAGGAUUUUCACCAAGCUGUCUUGAAAAAUAACUUCUUUCGUGGGGUAAGAAGGAAAUAAGUUGUAGAUUAAUUUACAGACUGUUCAAAUGAGACAAUCAUUUUAAGUUUUCAGACAGCAAAUAAGACCAGUGUGAUUUCAGAAAACUUAAGAAUUUUUGAUCGGAUUAUAAAUUUUUGAUGAUUGCCCUGGAUGAAUAGACUGCUUUCUCUUUUUCUUUCUCCUUUCUCUCUUCCUUUUUUCUUGGUUUCGGUCCCAUAGUCUAAUAGGCAUGCAUCCUUUCAUUUCUAUAGUUUUGUAAAGCACUAGUUUUUUGGGGUUUUUUCCCCCUCAGUUUCAGAGGGUUGCUUCUCCCUUGCCUUUGACACAUUGGAUUAGUUCAGAGGCCUUAAUUAGUUUGAAUGAGAUUUACUUUUCUAGGUCUUUGAUUUUUUUCUUUUCUUUUCCUUUCUUUCUUCUUCUUCUUCUUCUUCUUCUUUUUUUUUUUUUUGUUGUUGUUAGAAUGUCUUUAGCCUAUAGUGACUGAGGUUAGUACUUGGUUUUCCAUAUUUUAUAGUAGGAAAUGACAAAUGUCUUUGGUUCAGUUCAUAAACUGAUACUUUGCAUUUAAUUAAAAGUUCUUAAAACGAACAGUUACUGUUGCUUUGUUACUUGCUGGUACAGCUAGUUUGUUUUAGUUGCACACUUGUACAUAUACCUAAUGUUUUCAAGUGCCUUAAUUGUUUAAAAAUCUCUGGCUACAAAGGUUUUUGGGAAAAGAUUGGUUUACCUCACAUUUUUGUUUCCAUUCGUAGUAACAUCUGGGGACCUCACAAAAUUUAUCAUGGUGCCAUGGCUGUUAAUUUUUAGUGAGUGCUGUAAGAUUCAUUUGACAUAUACAAAAUUUCCAUUCUUCCCAAGGUGGCAAAAAUUAGCUACAAUGAUGUAAUUGUCAUUUACCUGGGUACACACAUCAGUAUCAACACAUGUAGCAAGUUUUAUGAAAAUGUAACUUGAAGUUUCUUCUGUAAUCUUGAGCACUGCUGUAACAGUAAAAGCAUAAUAGAAAAUUAGAGUUUGCAGGUUUGCAGACAUGCUCUUGAAACAACUCACAGCCUUUUCACUCUUUCCCCUCUUCCUUUUGCAAGGUAGUAUCUUGAGCCAUUAAUAAUUUUUGGGUUUUUUUUUUAAAAUCCAGAAGGUAUACAGAAACCUUUUCAGAUUUUUCAUCUGAUUUGUUCAUGCAGAUGUACUUCUAUCAAAUACCUUAUUGUACCUUACAGAUAUUUGUUGCACAGGCAGACACUGCUGUAUUUAGAAAUUUCUAUUUUAGUUCAUUAAAAACUGCAAAACGAAUCUGUAUCAUGUACCAAACUGAUUUAAAAUAAAUUUACAUGUUUAUU